GCGACGUAGAUUAUUGGCGGAAAAAGCCGAGCAGGCUUCGCACACGGGCAGAGCUACCCUUACACUUGUUGAGAGCACAAGGACGGUAUAGUGGGAGACGGCGGUAGGUCAUAGUGGGGGGCCCAGCGCCCACGAUUCUGGCAUCAGUGAUCAGUGGUGAGUGUUUUGGUAUCAUUCGUCGUACGGCAUAUUAGUGACAUUCAUUUGUGUACAGCCGGCAGAUUCGGAAAACUCAGUAAAGAAUAAAUGCAUUCCCCUUGUUAUUCACCAUUGUAAGUGUUGCAACCUGUUGCAGUAUUAUAUCGUGAGAUAUAAAAAGAAAUGGAAAUAGUAUUAGAUGCGUUAAAUGCAAAAAUAAGGGCUGCGGACAAGUUGAAAGAUAUAAUUACUAAAUAUAAAGCUUUACAGACAGAUGAAGAACGUAUAAUAUUUACCUUUAAUUGUAUGUUAGAAUAUGAUAUAAUUCCUGAAAUAUCCGACGAAAUGAAAGAUGCGAAAAAGUCUGAAAAAAAAAGAGAAAUAGCUAAUCAGCUCUAUAUUAAAAUGUCACUUAGAACAAACAGUUCUAUAUAUGUUAAAAUAUUGGAAUUGUAUACCGAAUCCAUAAGUUAUGCCCCUAAUCCAUCCAUAGAACUUGCUUUAGCUUAUGCCAACAGAUCUGUUGUGUUAUUAAAAUUACGUAAAUAUGAAGAAUGUAUUCAAGAUAUAGAUAGGUCAUUGCCAAUGACUAAUUCAGACAAUUUACUUGCUAAGCUUUAUGUAAGAAAACUUGAAUGUUUAGUGGCAUUACAGCAUCCUGAUACAAAUAAUACUAUAAAGGAAACAGAAUGUCUGUUUAAAGAAAUGUCAUUAGAUGAUAAUUAUCGUGAAAAAUUAAAUGAAAAAAUCAUUUCUCAAUAUUCAAAGAUACAAAUACCUAAUAAAACAAGCAAAAUGUCAAUCACAGAGUCAAGUCAAGUACCACUUCCUGAAAUAAAGACUUAUAAUGUUGAAUUUCCUAGUGCAUCUGAUGCUAUAGGAGUAAAGUAUAAUGAAAAGUAUGGUAGACAUGUUAUAGCCAGUCGUAAUAUAGAUGCUGGUGAAGUACUUGUAAUAGAAAAGCCAUAUACAUCAUUGUUAACAUUUGAAAAUAGGCAUACACAUUGUUCAAAUUGUUUAGAGGUUUGUUGGGCUCUUAUACCUUGUGACCAUUGUAUUUAUGCUAUGUAUUGUUCAGAAGAAUGUAAGACUUCAGAAUGGGAAAAGUAUCAUGAUAUGGAAUGUGCAGUUGUACCGCAUAUGCUGAAGUUGGACUUUAGUAAAUUAGAUGUAUUGAGUUUAAGGCUUGCCGUUAAAAAUGUCAAAGAAGCCACAAAUAUACCAGACUUAAGGGAAGAGUUAAAAGAAGUUGAUAAUUGUAAUGAUUCACGUACAAAAGGUUUUUCUAAGAAUGGAACCUUCCCAAGUGAAAAAUACAGAAGUGUAUUAGGUCUAGCAACAAAUACUGAAAAACGUUCAGUACAUGAUUUAUUUAGAAGAUCUCUAGAUUCAUGCUUUAUUUUGUAUUAUUUAGCAACAUGUACUAAUAUGUUUGGAACUCCUUUAAAGAAGAAUUGGUCUGAGUUAAUAACAAAUUCAAAUGUCACAUUUGUUGGUAGUCUUAUAUUAAGAUAUCAGCAAGUGGUUCCUACAAACGCGAAUGAUUUUCCUGAAGUGUAUGGUAUAGAAUCUCGUCAACGCGGUUGUGUAAUCGCACCAUUUGCAUCUUUGAUGGGUCAUAGUUGCAAUGCAAAUACUGUAAUAACUUGUAAAUCUGGGCAUAUGAUUAUACAUGCUCUGUACCCUAUUAAGGAAGGUGAGCAGAUAUUUAGUUCAUAUGGUCCAUAUUAUGCACUUGCAACAAAAGCCCUUAGACAAAUGAAACUUUUAAAACAGUUUUAUUUCGAAUGUGAUUGUAUAGCGUGUCGAGAGAACUGGCCACUAUAUCCAUAUCUCAUGUCUUACAAAAAUAUAGUUAAAAAAGAUGAACACUGGAUUAAAAUUCAUCUGACUUUGAGGAACUUUCCGAAAUAUUUCGAUAUUCUUGCGGAGGUAAAUAUAAUGGAUAGAUAUAUCGGUGAAGAUCUGUUAAGAAUGAUCAAAGUAUUACACGAAUUGGUACCAUUCCCUUGCAAAGAAAUGUGCGACGUAGUAGAAACUAUGAAACGUUUCUACGAUUUGAAUGGUGCUCGAUUCGAUGAGCCUGAGCUUUAG